GGACGCGGUCUCUUCAAAAACGCUGCGCGGGGAAGCUUGUAGGGGUGGCUGGUGUGGGUGGGGGGUGUCCGGGGGGUGAAGUGAACCGUUAGGUUUCUUUCAGUGAUCUUGGCCAUCCCGAUUACAGCAUUUGGAACCAGUCUGUGCUUCCAGCUCUUCAAUUUACAGAUUGUGGGGUUACAAAGGCAGCUUGGAUUCAGUUGACUAUAAAUUGUAUAGACAAGACAAUUAUUCAUAAAAAAAAUGAGUAAAGAUGCUAGCAGAAACCUGGAUAAAAGCCAUGACAAGCUCAAUGAAAGAAAGCUGCGUCUGCUCUCCUGAUUCAACAGUAUCUUCUCUUUUAACAAGCUAUAGCACUGACAGCAAUACUCUGUACUCAAACACCUUGAUCCACUACAAGGGCAAGCUUUACAGCUCUGCUUCUGAGGCUUUGGAGGCGUAUAUUGAAGAUUUUGAUUUAAGUCUCACAUCUUCAGAAAUAAGCACUGGAAAAAUCUGCAUAUGUCAAAACACCCCCAAACAAGUUAAGUUUUCAAAGCAUCGUACCAAAGGAAAACAUGAAUUGGAUGAUUUUAAUCAGCAUGUGGGAUUGGGUUUUCUUGCCUCACCCUCUAGAAGGCAGAGUGAGUGUGACCCAGACUCCAUUAGUCUUGCGACAGAUGAUCUGUUAGCAUUUCCAGCAGAUGGAUCACUGCCCUUUGUCCAACACAAUCUUCUUAAAUCAGAGCAUCAAAGUAGUGAGUGGAACAGAUGGUCCCUUAAAACAUCUUUCUGCCCUUGUCAAACCUCGUUACUUGAUACUGCAAGUGGUUUCAGUCUCCAGGAGAAUGAGAAAGCUGUUGCUCACCAGAAUCCACAAAAAGACUUCAGCAAAAAGAAACACAAUGUGUCUGAACCGGAUAGGUGCAGUUCUGUCUCCUCUAAAGGAAGUUUGAAACUCUUGUCUUUUGCAGAGAAAUCUAACACUUCUAAGAAUUAUCCAAGGUGGCUUACCAGUCAGAAGUCUGACUUAAGUGUAUCUGAGAUAAGUAGUGUUGCCAAUUUUCAUUACCCAGUCUGGCUUAAGAGUUACAGCCUUUUUUCUGGAUCAACCAAAGAAAGCGAUGGUCAAAGUUCUAAUAUACAAGGAAAAGCUUCCUCUCCACAAGCUUUUGAGAUACUGAGAAAAAGACACUCUGUAGAUAAAGACUGUUCUAAUUUUUUUGAACAAAAUGCUUGCCUGGAUCUGAGAAGUGAUAACAAAGUAGAAGGAAGUUGCAACUAUGACAGUCCAGAUGCAUGCUUCCCAUCUGAUAACUCAUUUUCAAGACAUACUAAAAAGCCAUUUAGAGAGGACCAGCUUGAUCUACUUACCUUGAAGGUCAACAGAGGUCUGGAGGGUUCAACUGAAGAUUUGUCAGAUACUCUGAAAAAUGAUGGUAAUCCUACAACAGAUAUACUAGGAGCAGAGAUGACAUGGGAAAAUGUUCCAGGUGCUUUCAAACCAUCAGUGCCUGUGUGCUGUGAGGAUGUGGAGGAUGCUUUACCAUUCCCCAAGGCAGAUAUCAUACACAAAUUCUUGGAAGACUGUUUACAUGACAAAAGUAAGGAAAAUACUUUUUCUGGAGAUCAUCAUCACAGGCCCCUUGAAGCUUUGAAGCUAAUGUUGUUUAAACUUCAAGCAAUUCAGGGAAGUUUAAGCCGGAUUGAAACUGCUGAACAAAAGAAAGAGUCUGAGAAACUUUCUGAAACAGCAGAGGCUGAAUUAAAACUGUGUGACAGUGAAAUAAUCCCUCUUACUAAUUCUAUUCAGAAGGUUUUACACCAUUUGUCACAUCGGAAAAGUCUUGUUGAAGAUAACAGUAACCACUGAGAGAAGACUGAUGAUCAUGAAGAUGAACAAAAAAAUAAAAAUCUGUGAAGCUGAUACCUAGAAGUGUUUUAAUAUUGUAUAAUUUAAAUAACUUGUCAGCCUGACCACUAGUCAGAAUUUUUUUGAAGGCUGAACCAGUGCAUGUUCUCAGAAAUGUUGUAUUCACUAUUUCUGUACAUAUUUGUUCUUUUUAGUAAUUACUACAAAGCAUAAUUGAGUAUUAGUGCUGCCAACAGGAUCUAACAAUGUGACAAGAUAUACCACUUUUUAAGGACAAUUUAAUUAAUAAUGCCAACAUUUUAAUGGAAGAAUCUGUGUGUUUAUAAGAAUUUAUAAAAAAUUAUUUGGCCAAUUCUACUCAUCACUUAUUACAUGGCCUGUUAGAAACAGGGGAAGCUCAACAUCAUGUGUAAAGUUAAGCAGUGAGGUUUAGCAAUAAAAUAAUUACAUAAUAUUUUCAGUGCUGUUCUUUCUAACAGGACUGGAGUUGAUGUAAUUGUAUGCUCCUGGUUCCAUGACCACAAACUUACCAAAUAUAUUGUAUCAAAAAGCA